CGUAUUGUGGACACCAGCCGCUAGAUGGCGUCGUAAUUUCUACGUGUACGUCGCCGGUCCGCUCGCGCGUCCGUCUCCAGCGGAGCGGCUCCCCUCUUUUCCUUUCCAGGUGUCUCCUCAGCUGCAAAGACCACUUUAAAUGUAGGACCGGGACAAGAUGGCGGUUUUUCUCGCUGCGGCUGCGGGUGAAGCCGCCGUAUCGCCGCCACUAGCAGGGCAUCGCGGUCGGCCUAGGACUGCAGGCAGCGCCCGAAAACCUGCCGUGGCUUGCCGCUCGCUUCCUGCAUUUCCUCUUGGCAUUUUUAUUAUUAUUACCCACACCCUUUUAUGGAGGGACAAAUCAGAGGAUUCAUAUUGCUGGCAAUCGGUGUUUGGCGGCUGGAUCGGGUCUGCAGGGUGUUUAUGGAAACGCGGUCGGUGGUAGAAUUUAACCCCCCCUCCCUCCCCCGCGGUUGUUUUUCCCCGAUCGGAGCCCCCAGGCAGCGCGAACAGCUGGCUGGACACCAUGCGCUAGUUUUUCAGCUUCGCACGGGUGGCGCUGCUUGUUCGUCGGCCGACUGGGCUGUGCCGACCCGGCCCGUUGGUGUGGAUGACUACAGCUCGGAGUCUGACAUCAUUAUUAUCCCUUCAGCGUUGGACUUCGUAUCGCAAGAUGAAAUGCUGACACCCUUGGGCAGAUUGGACAAAUACCUUACCAGUGAGAAUAUUUUUAACAGGCAAAUGGUGGCGCGAAGUUUGCUAGACACCCUGAAGGCAGUGAGCGAGGACGAGAGAGACUGCAUUGCUGUGCUGGAGCGGGUCAGCAGGCUGGCGGACGACUCGGAGCCCACGGUGCGUGCCGAGCUGAUGGAGCAGGUGCCGCACAUUGCCAUCUUCUGCCAGGAGAACAGACCCUCCAUCCCUUUCGCCUUCUCUAAGUACCUGCUGCCCAUAGUGGUGAGAUACCUGGCCGACCAGAACAACCAGGUGAGGAAAACGAGCCAGGCUGCGCUUCUGGUGUUGCUGGAGCAGGAACUCAUCGAGCGAGUCGACAUUGAGAGCCAGAUCUGCCCUGUGCUGGUAGACCUUACGGCCCCAGAUAGUAAUGAUGACGUCAAGACUGAAGCCAUGGCGAUCAUCUGCAAGAUGGCGCCGAUGGUGGGGAAGGACAUCACAGAGCGCCUCUUCCUGCCGCGAUUCUGUGAGAUGUGCUGCGACUGCCGCAUGUUCCACGUGCGCAAGGUGUGCGCAGCCAAUUUUGGGGACAUGUGCAGCGUGGUUGGGGGUGAGGCGACCGAGGAGCUGCUGCUGCCCCGCUUCUUCCAGCUCUGCUCCGACAACGUGUGGGGUGUCCGCAAGGCUUGUGCAGAGUGCUUCAUGGCCGUCUCCUCCGCCACCUCUCAGGAAGUGCGCCGCACCAAGCUGUCCUCACUCUUCAUCAACCUCAUCAGCGACCCGUCGCGAUGGGUGCGACAGGCCGCCUUCCAGUCCCUCGGCCCGUUCAUCUCCACGUUUGCCAGCCCCUCCAGUGCUGGCCAGUACUUCAGGGAAGAGGGGGGGGAAGUCACAUGCACCUGUCCCCCCAGCAGUGGGGAAGCUUCAGAGACAGCAACGAACAAGCCUCCAGUCAGUCUAAAUGCAGAGGCAGCCUCCGAUCCGCAGGGGGCGACGUUGAGCCAGGACUCGGACUGCUCGCUGGAACUUACCCAGGAAUACCCCUACUCUGAGGUGCCAGAUCACCAGCCCCACUGCGACGUGGAGGCACCGGGCUGCUGCAGGACGGAGGAGAACAGUGUGGACCUUGGGGUGGAGGGUGGAGGGGAGCAGGCAGCCGAGGCUCUGGCGUCGGACGUCUCAUGCGACGCGGAGGCUGAGCCAGAUCCGGAUCCUGACCCCGAUCCGGUUUUCAGGGGUGGUGAUGGGGGUGAGGCUUCUUACUUGGAUUCGGUGGAGAAUGCGACCAUAAGAGAGGAUCAGGAUACAGCCGCCCCUGCUGAUGUCAUGUCGGGGUCCGUCCCUGAACAGGAGCUCUACAACUCCUUCCAUUACUGGAGGACUCCUAUCCCCAACAUUGACAUAGACUUGGAGUUACAGGAGGAUCAGGGCCCGGAGCGAGCAAGCACCAGCCCACCUGGGCACCAAGGGACCCCCUCCAUUGGCCGGAAGGAGCUCGAGGAGAUGAUUGAGAACCUUGAGCCGCACAUAGAUGAUCCCGACGUGAAAGCACAAGUGGAUGUGCUGACGGCUGCCCUCAGGGCCACGGCGCUGGAGUGCCACCUGCCAGGGGGGGGGCCAGAGCUGCGAGAUCCUGACAGAGGUCACGACAGCCCCUUCAGCAUCCAUGCCGUGCCUUUGAUCACAGACGCCGCUGACAUCCAGAACCACGAGCCGACUCUCACGAUCCGGCACAGCGACGACUCCGAGCUCAGCGACAGCAGCCCGAGUCCCGAGGAGGAGAAGAAGUCUAAGCAGCAGGACGUGGUACCUCAAGCCCUACUGGACCAGUACCUGUCAAUGACCGACCCCUCACGUGCUCAGACCGUUGACAUGGAGAUCGCCAAGCACUGCGCCUACAGCCUGCCAGGGGUUGCCCUCACCCUGGGCCGGCAGAACUGGCACUGCCUACGGGACACCUAUGAGACACUGGCCUCUGACAUGCAGUGGAAGGUGCGCCGGACACUGGCCUUCUCCAUCCAUGAGCUGGCCCUGAUCCUUGGGGACCAGCUGACGGCUGCGGACCUGGUGCCCAUCUUCAAUAGCUUCCUCAAGGACCUGGAUGAGGUGCGGAUAGGCGUCCUCAAGCACCUCUACGACUUCCUCAAGCUGCUGCACCAAGACACCCGCCGCAAGUACCUAUACCAGCUGCAGGAGUUCCUGGUCACAGAUAACAGCAGGAACUGGCGUUUCAGAUCAGAGCUCGCCGAGCAGUUGGUCUUGUUGCUGGAGCUAUACGGCGGUCAGGAUGUCUACGACUACUUGCGCCCCCUGGCUUUCAGCUUGUGCACUGACAGAGUUUCCUCUGUGCGGUGGAUUGCCUACAAACUGGUGAGUGAGAUUAUCAGGAAGCUGUCUUCUGACCCACCCCUGGUGGCUGACUUCAUGGUCGAGCUGGUCGACAGGUUCUGCCACUCGCCGAAGUGGUCGGGGCGUCAGGCCUUUGCCUCUGUGUGCCAGCUGGUCAUCGAGGACGACUGCGUCUCCCUGGAGCAGUUCUCAGAGCACCUGCUGGCCCCGCUGCUCCAGCUGGCGUCCGACCCGGUACCCAACGUCCGGGUUCUUCUGGCCAAGACCAUCCGGCAGAGCCUGCUGGAGAGGGAAUAUUUCCUGCAUUCUGCCAACUCCCACCAGGAGGCGCUAGAGCAGGCCCUGGUGGCCCUGCAGACGGACCUGGACAAGGACGUCAAGUACUUCGCCAGCGUACACCCGGGGAUCACGCGCAUCAGCGAGGAUGCCAUGAGCACGGCGUCCUCCACAUACUGAGCGUGGCCCCGCCCCAGGCCCCGCCCUGCUCUGGAAUGGGGGCGGGGCAUCUCUACCACAGGCACUACAAGCUUACAAAAGCCACGCGAAUUGACUUUCUUGAGACUCUUAGCCCUCCCCCAGCAUCCUCUCCAUUCUACAAAGUCUUUGUGCUCUGACUUGCCACUGAAGCCUUAAAAACGUCUUCCGUAAAGAAAAAAACAAAAAAAAAAAAAAAUACUUGAAUGUCCAGAACGGGCUCUUUUGAAAAGAAACUCAGCUGAGUGUCACUUUUUAAAAUGGACUGUCCCUCCAAUCAGCCGGAGGCAGCACCUUGAAGCUUUAUGGAAACGCACGGGCCCGGCCGAAAGUUUGUGGGGCUCUUUUUAAUAAAAAUGAGGCGUAAAUGACCGACGUGGCGUGUAGCUCACGUCUGGUGGGUGCGAUCUAAGGGCUCUGGUGUUUUUAACGUCUAGUGCAGCACAUUGUUGUACCCAGGAACCCCUACCCCUACUCUCCAGGGGUCUUGUUAACAGGAACAAUUUUUUUGUGUUUUUUUUUAUUUUUCCUUUUUUAAAAUAUUGUCAGUUGUGCUGGUCGUUUCAGGCCGUGACCAGGCGAGGCAGCCGACGGCACGAUGAGGCACAUUGCUGAAGUCGGGUGUUUUAAACUUGAGAAUAAAAUUCUGCACCUUU